AGCUCCAAGCUCAAGACAUGUCCUGCUACACCCCGUGCCGUCCCUGCCAGCCCUGUGGCCCCACCCCGCUGGCCAACAGCUGCAAUGAGCCCUGUGUCAGGCAGUGCCAGGACUCCACCGUGGUCAUUGAGCCGCCGGCUGUGCUGGUGACCCUGCCCGGGCCCAUCCUCAGCUCCUUCCCACAGAACACCGUGGUGGGAUCCUCCACCUCCGCUGCCGUUGGCAGCAUCCUCAGCUCUGACGGAGUGCCCAUCAACUCCGGGGGCUUUGACCUCUCCUGCAUCACCAGGCGCUAUGGUGGCAGGAGGGGCCUCCCCUGCUAA